UAUACUGAGAUUUGCCUCACGAUGAGCUGCUCUUUUCAUCAACACACUAGUUAAUUUAAAGCUCAUCAUUCAUAGUUUGACAUCUUACUUAAGAAAUGGCAGCAAAGAAAGUGCUGAUUGUGUAUGCUCACCAGAGCUCUGGCUCAUUCAACGCUGCAGCUAAAGAUGCUGCUGUGGAAGUUUUAGCUGCUCAGGGCUGCACAGUAGAAGUGUCUGACCUGUAUGCCAUGAAGUUUAAAGCCACUGCUACUGCUGAGGACAUCAAUGGAAAAGUCAAGAAUCCAGAGCAUUUCCGUUAUGCAGACGAGACCAAACUGGCAUGGGAGGAAGGAAAACUGUCCCUUGACAUCACUGAGGAGCAACGAAAACUCACUGAGGCAGACCUCAUCAUCUUCCAGUUCCCCAUGUACUGGUUUACUGUUCCUGCAAUCAUGAAGGGCUGGAUCGACCGGGUGCUCACACUGGGCUAUGCCUACUCUAAAGAGAAGCGAUACAGCCAGGGAGUCUUCAAGGACAAGAUGGCCAUGCUGUCCUUCACCACUGGGUCUCACGAGUCUAUGUUCAGUGCUAAUGGCAUUAAUGGAGACAUGAAUGUCACACUGUGGCCCCUGCAGAAUGGCAUCCUGCACUACUGUGGCUUCCAGGUUCUGGCUCCUCACAUCUUCUGGGCCCCCUCUUACAUUGACGCUGAGGCACGUAGUGCCAUGCUGCAAGGUUGGCGUACACGGCUGCAAGGCCUCCUGGGAGAAAAGCCCCUUACUUUCACCCCCUUGGACUGCUUUGAUGGGGAGAAGGGUUACCAGCUGAAGCCCGAGGUCCAUGAGAAACAUGCCGCCAAGGAGUUUGGACUGACAGUGGGGAUCCACCUGGGAAAGGCGCUACCCCCCAACAACCAGAUGAAAGCUGGAGUCUGAAGAUGGCGGGGCCUGGUGGUGUCAAGAUUGAUUUUUUUUAAUUGUAAGAUGGGAAAAUUAAAAGCUAACUGAAAAAAAACUGACUUCUAUUAUGAGUAUGUGGCACAUACACUCAAAAUAUUGGCUUCUUGGUAGUACUUUGGGCAUGGGUAGAGAUGCUGUAUAGUGCCACAUAAGGAAACUUUGACCCUUUUUUAUUGUUCUUUCCCCAGUAAUUUAAGAUGAAACCUGUAAAAGCCUUUUAUCAGAGGUUCUGUUAGUUCUUCAGCCUAAUUUUACUAAGGAAAGAAAACCUUCAAUGUUUUAUUUCCAAAGGAUAAUAUUAAAGCAAUGUCUCUCAAUCUCA